UGGUCGUCUUUGCCGACGACGGAAUGAACAUGUCGGAGAGUAAACCCGAGAUCGGACUUAACCAUUGGUCGGACAUUCUUGUCGUCGUUGUGUACUUUGUUUCAGUUUUGGCCGUCGGAUUCUGGUCGCUAUGCCGACCCAACCGUGGCAGCGUCCGGAGCUACUUCCUGGCGGGGCGGAGCAUGACCUGGUUUCCGGUUGGCGCGUCACUGUUCAGCAGCAACAUCGGCAGCGAGCAUUUCGUGGGCCUGGCGGGUACCGGGGCCGCCAGCGGUAUCGCUAUAGUUCUGUAUGAGUGGCUUUCGAUGCCUCUGGUGCUACUGCUGGGAUGGCUCUUUCUGCCAGUCUACAUCUCCGCUGGGGUGUACACACUUCCGGAGUACAUACAGAAGCGAUUUGGCGGUGAGCGGCUGCGGACCUACCUAAGUGUGCUCGCCAUCGUUCUGUACAUCAUUACUAAACUUGCGGUGUCUAUAUUUGCGGGUGCACUAUUCAUCAAAUUGGCUCUUGGCUGGGACAUGUACGUCUCUAUAGCGGCACUUCUGCUUGUAACCGCCGUGUACACUGUUUUGGGUGGUCUAGCGGCUGUGAUAUAUACUGACACGCUACAGACGGUGAUCAUGACUGUGGGUGCUUUCUCUCUCCUCGGCAUAGGAUUGCAAAGAGUUGGCGGCUACUACCGGCUACAAGCGCUGUACGCAGAGUCGGUCCCAAUCGUCCGUCAUGCAAACAGCACGUGCGGAGCCCCACCGGAAGACGCUUUCCACCUGUUACGUGACGCCGUGACGUCAGACCAGCCAUGGCCGGGCAUUCUCCUCCAGGCUUCCAUUGGCUGCCUGUGGUACUGGUGCUGUGACCAGGUCAUAGUCCAACGGACAUUGGCGGCAAAGAACCUAACACAUGCCAAGGGCGGCGCCAUCCUGGCCGGCUACCUUAAAAUAUUGCCUCUCUUCCUCAUGAUAUGGCCCGGCAUGAUCAGCCGAGCACUGUAUCCUGACGAGGUCGGGUGUGUGGACGCGGAAAAGUGUAAGACUUACUGCGACAACCCUGUUGGCUGUUCCAAUAUCGCCUACCCAAAACUCGUCCUUGGGCUGCUGCCCGCAGGUCUCCGUGGUCUACUGAUGGCGGUGAUGUUAUCAGCUAUAAUGUCGUCGCUGACUUCCAUCCUGAAUUCCGCAUCCACCUUGUUCACCAUGGACCUGUGGCGGAAGUUCCGUCGGCAUGCUACUGAGCGGGAACUACUGAUUGUCGGCAGGGUAUUCGUCGCGGUUGUGAGCGGCCUGAGCAUCCUAUGGAUCCCGCUAGUGAAGUCCUCACAGAGUGGGCAGCUGUUUGUUUACAUCCAGGCGGUACAGGGCUACUUGGGCACACCAAUAGGCGCCCUUUUCUUGUGGGCCAUACUCUGGAGGCGCAUGAACGAACAGGGAGCAUUCUGGGGAAUCCUAGCGGGACACACCUGUGGAGUAAUACGGAUGGUCCUUGACUUUGUAUACCCGGCGCCUGACUGCGGGGAUGCAGAUACCAGGCCACCCGUCGUUGCCCGCAUCCACUACACGUACUUUUGCCAGAUGGUUCUUGUGAUCACGUCCGUUGUCAUCGUCGUUGUCAGUCUCCUAACGAGGAAGCCACAGUCUUCACGGAUAGUGGGGCUGACAUGGUGGGACCGGUACCGGGCGGAGGACAUUGACGUCACGGAGGUUCAGGAAUUCAAUCUAAAACAGCAAGCUGUAUGUGAGGAAAAAUCACAUGAAGCAGACUAUAGCGAAGACGCAGACACCACCGGCAAAUGCAAGCACUGGGCUGAUUUCAUCUGCGGGAUUCCGGACCGUGCGGAGGAACACAGUAUGGAGGAGCAGGCUACACAGAAACGCGACUUCUUGAAGGAGAGUUCCUUCUGGAGCAAGAUUCUCAACGUGAACGCCGCCAUUGGGGUCGUGAUGAUCGCAUUUUUGAUUGGCUUCUUCCGGUAGAUAUUGGGAUCCGCCGGUAGACAAUGGUGCGCAGUAGUGACUCCAGCACUAGUUUUAAUUAACCGUUGCACAUUCUCAAUCAAAAUACUAUGGGAUUAAUUUCAUGUAUUUUUGGUAUUGAGAAUUGUGUUUAUUGUGCAAAAUCAUACAUGAAUAUUUGUAUUAUACUAUACUUGUGUAGCAACAAAUAA